AGCAGAUUAUACUGAUUGCGCUUUUAAGACUCGUAUGUUACGAAAUUCAGUUCCAUUGUCUAUAUAAGUAAUACGAAGUAAAGUCGACUUGCUGUUGUCCUUCAAGUGCUAAAAAGUUACUUGCUGGAGCUAUUACUAAUCGAACUUCAACAAACUAUUUGUCUGGGAAUUCUGAGAAAAUAAUCUGCUUCGUUUCAAAAUGGGAAGUCCUGACCAGAAAAUGAAAAGCCUCAACUUGAAGACGAUUGAACAACGUUCUGCAGAUGAACAGAAAAUGUCCAUUGAAAAGGAGACGGGUGCUUUGAAUUUGGAGAACGACAAACAAACUUUCGAAGUAUUGCUACAAGUGAAACAGUUUAGGCCUUCUGAAAUGAAUGUGAAAAUUGCUGGAAGGAAAGUUAUUGUGAGUGCGAAACAUGAAAUUUAUGCCGACGAUCAUGGUUUCGUCAGUCGAGAAUUUACGCGGAAGUAUAAUUUGCCGAAUGCUGUAGAACCCGAAGAUUUGGUCACCUUUCUAAGUCAAGAUGGCGUCCUCACCAUUAAAACGUACGACGAAAGCGACCUACGCAAAAAAAUCAUAUUUUUAGAAGACUUGGAAAAAGCUUUAAACCAAGAAGAAUCGUUACCAGCUGAAGGCGUAAAGCAAAAGGAGCCUCUACCUAGCUACAGAUGAGAGCAAGAAAGAAUCUCUACCAGCUGAAGGCGUAAAGCCAAAGGAACCUCUACAAGCUGCAGAUGGAAGUAAAGUCUGAAGCAAAAAUUUAGUGUUGAAAAAUUUAGCAAUUGAAGCAUAAAUGCACAACGGAAGGAUAGUACUGUACAAGAGCUAACAGCUGUUAACUUUAUCAUUAUUAUAACAAUAACUGGAGACAAAAUUUGAAGUUGGAUGAGAGAAUGAGUGCUGAACUUUGUUGGUUAAUUAAAUUAAUAUCGUUCUUGGUUUAUAGUUUUGAAAAAUUUUCUCGUUCCUGUAAGCCAUAGAAAUAAAUUUCCUUAUAGUUAUGAAACUGUCUGUUAAA